CAGCCGUAUAUAAUCACAAUGGCUUUCGUAUUCGUUUCAACGAAGAGCCCCACAACGAGGCCAAGCUCGGGUAUAUUGUCCCGGAAUGGGUCGACUGUCCUACAGACGCUGUGCUGCAGAAGGAAAAGAUUUCGGAGGUGGCAAAGCAGCUUACUCAAAUCCCAGCGGAGACGCUCCUCUUCCUAUCGAAGAUACGCAUGCUCUCCAUCUACGAUCAGCAGUCGCGGCCUCCCACGGAACUGGUUCUCUCCAGAUCUGUGGAGAUGACAACGUCAAAGAAUGGAAGCGUGGAAACGAGCACAACUUUUCUCACAGCUAGUAACGGACGGAAUGGCACUCAGCACAGCAACUACUACAUGUUUAAGCAGACUUUGAAAGUACCUGAGGAGGCCAAGGUUGAAAAGCGAAAAGAUGUCGAUAGCUGGAUGAUCACUCUAGCCUUUCCGGUGGAUGAUCGUAUCUCGAGCAGCUGCAGCAUUGGCGAUAUCUUCUCGUUCCUGCCUUCCGAUAUCCACUCGGGCCUGCCGUUUCUUAUCAACUCGGACUUUUUGCUCGUUUCCUCCCGUGCGACGCUCCUCUUUGACAGCUCCUGGAACCAGGGGAUCUUUCGCUGUGUUCCCGAGGUUUUCUACAACGCCUUCGAGCUUCUCCUCAACACCACGGCGUUUGGACUGCAGAGUAUACUGUCAGUAGCACGCAUGGCAAUGUACAAGUACGUACCUGUGAAUGUUUGCCGCAACUCGUACCUCGAGAGAGUCCGCAACGAUAUCUUGUCCAAGCUGAAGGACAACAACGUCAUUCUUUGCGCCUCGGACGUCGGCCGUGCACCACCGAGCGGGCAGCUUUGCAAGCCUGCUCUUGCGAGAAAAAUCGCCCCCAGCUUCCGAGAGCUCCUCAAAGCCGCACCGAAGUGUCCCAGGUUCUUGCGAGGAAGUCCCUCGUACAUAGUGGACAGCACGCUGCAGGAGAACUACGGCUCGGUGCUGAGACUCCUGGGACUCCCAGAUAUGAGCAACGAUGAAUAUCACCAAAGCCUCGACUCUGAAGACUGGAUGAGAUCGCUCCCCGACGAUGCAUAUGUCAAGCUGCUGGUGUUCCUGUCCUCCAAGUCGUCAACUUUGAGAUCCCUCAAGUUUCUCAAGUAUCGAGGCUCCGAUGGUCGACUCCAGUUGGCAAGCAUGGAUGAUCUCGCGCGAAACGAUGGCAGAUCCAUGUACUGGGAUUCUGGUCACAGAGCUACCGCUUGGCUCGCUGGUUGGACAGAGGUGUUUCAACGUUGGCUAACUUUCAACUUCGUUCCAUCGGCCUGCGCUGCAAAAAUCCGGCAGCACUCGGUGUUAGAGAACUGGUUGGAGAGAACCCCCUUCAGCGUGAGCGAACUGACAGCAUGCUCACUCGCUCGUCAGGUUCUUGGAGCAGUCACUGCGAACUCCUCAAAUGCAAAGCUUGCUGUUCUAGCGAUGCACUUCCUGUUCGACCUGUACAGAAACGACCGCAGCUCGUACACAUCUAUCAGCAACGAAAAGCGUAAUGUACCAAUCGUCGAGAAUGACGGAGCCGUGAGUCCCUAUGUUGCGAGUUAUGUUUCAACGCGUCCAUUGUUGCUACCGGCGGCUUGUGGAGCGAAGUGGCCGCUCUUGCUCCCGUCUGACGUGUGGAGACGCGGCGUUCGAAAAUUGUCAGAAGAGUAUAUGGAGUCAGCAACGGUCGAUCUCUCCGACUCCGACGUGCGAACCGAGUUUGUGAAUUUUCUGAAGGAGGUUUCUGGCUACGGACAUCCCCGCCUUUGUAUUAAGACUACCAAGUGGUUGAAGACGAGCCACGGAUACGGCUGCCCAACCGUUGCAUUCCUGCCGGUGCCUGAGCUGCUUAAGGUCUUGAAAGUCGAGGAUGUUCUGUUCGUGGACAAGGACUGGAUGCCAUUGGAGGAGUAUAAGAACGAGUUCCGAAGCCUGGGAGUGGCUUGCGAGCCCGGCAUGGGAUAUGCAACUAGCGAAGGCCGUGCAGCAACCUGGAAGAAAAAGGAAGAAUGCGUCAUUCACGACGUUGAGGGCUUGUUUGAAGAACUCGGUGUUGUACCCCUGGAUAGCUGCUACGAGCGGGUCAUGCAAGACAUCCUUCAGAAGAGGUUUCAUGUUUGUGAGAAGCCUUCGAUCAUCAAGUUCUGCGAGGUGGUCGUCUAA